AAUCGGAGCCCCCUCGUAAUUUUCAACGAAACUACAGCGACGGAGGCGAGGUGUUCCGAUUUGGUUUUCCAGUGCGAAGUUUCAUCCCGGAGGCAGAACUAUUUUGACGAUUUUCCAUGCACAAUAUAUUGAAGAAUUUGGACCGCUUUAGCUAGAUGCUUCAUUUUGAGGAAUUGAAUGCAUUGGUGGAGACCUGGAUCAGAGCAUCUCUCGCAGCGAACAAAACUCGUCAUCAGUUCUGACAUACUGUAUAAAAGAAAAAUUAGUAACGUAAAGACUUAAAAAUGCUACACAUGUUCCCACCAGCAAUAGAGAGUGUAAUGCCAUGCCAGAAUAUAUAUGUACCAGCAUAUAUACCACUAACAUCAGAGAACUCUUCAGGGUGUGGGUUUUAUGGAUUUUAAACAUUAUGACUCCAAAUGGAACCGAGCAAUGCCAUUAUUAAGUUCAUGAUAAUUUAAUCUAUUUAAUUUGAAAUAGAGAUAUCCAGACAAAAACUUCAGAUGGAUUCUAAAGAACCAACAGACACCAGUUCAACUCCAGUAGAUGGUGAUAACCCAGUGAUGAACGACUAUAUGGAAACUAGCGAGUAUCCUUAUCAGUGUGACAUAUGCGGAAGGAGCUUCAUGCAAAGUGAUCUAUUUGAUCGUCAUUAUCAAACACAUUACGGUUCAUCAAUUAAGUGUGAAAUCUGUGGGAAAACAUUUGAUGACCCAUCUGCCUUACAACGACAUCGAAAGCUACAUGCUGAAAUCAAGAACAAAGAGUGCGAUUUCUGUGGAAAAGCAUUUAAAACAGCAUUUGCUUUAAAACGCCAUGUACAACUUCACACUGAUGUCAAGAACAAUGCCUGCGAGAUCUGCGGAAAAUGCUUUGCACGACAACGCCAGUUAGACCGACACUUGCAGACUCACUCUGACCAAAAGCCACACAAAUGCAACAUUUGUAGUAAAUCAUAUAUUUGGGAAUCAGAACUUCAGAUACACAUCAGAAGUCAUACUGGAGAGAAACCAUUUGUUUGUGACAUAUGUAGUAAAGGGUUUAUUGACAAGUCUACUCUAAAUACCCACAUAAAAAUACACGGUGAAAAGAGCAACCUGUGUUCUAUCUGUGACAAACUUUUUACGACUAAAGGAAAUCUAGAUCGUCAUAUGAAAAUUCAUACAGAGGAGGAUCGUCAUAAAUGUAACCUCUGCGGUAAAUCGUGUAAAACAUUCAGCAGUCUAGGUGAACACCUUCGCAUGCAUACAGGCGAAAAACCCUAUAAAUGUGAAAUAUGUGGGAAAGGAUUUCGUCUGGCGGGUUUCCUCAGUAUGCAUAGGCAGAGUCACAAUAAUGACCUAGAGAAAAAAAUGCAUUCGUGCGAAGUCUGUGGUAAAACAUUUGACUGGAAUUCAAAGCUGAAAAGGCACCUUGUUACUCAUGCUAGUACUCCAGAGAAAAAUUCUGAUGAGAAGCAAUAUCAGUGCGAAGAUUGUGACAAGAUAUUUUAUUCCAAGGUUAAGUUAGUCAUACAUUCAGCUUCACAUACCGAGCAGAAAGCGUACACAUGUGAAACAUGCUGUAAAACAUUCAGUGAUCCAUCAAGUUACAAGAGACAUCAUAAAUCAAAAAUACACUUCGAAAAUGAAAGAGUUUCUCAAGAAGGAUUACAUAAUACUGAUUAGAAUAUAAUAGAUACAUUUGUGUUUUACACACAAGGAAUGUUACAGGUUAAUUUUUUAAUUGUGAAAAUCAUUUUUUUAAGAAAUACAUACGUGAUUAUUAAAGUAGGAUUCAGUAGCUGUAUUGAUACUUAUGAGUUCUGAGCCAAUUCUUAUCACUACACAAUUUAAUUUUGUAAUUUAAAGACCCGUAGAAUUUAGAUUGUAAAAUUUCAAACCUACUAGUAACUUUUGUCAUUGUAUAAUUUGUAAAGAUUAGUAGAAGAGAAAUGUUGAUCAGAGAUUGGUAGCAUAUGCAUUUAGGGUUGUUUGAGUUCAAAUGUUCGAAGAAUUUUAUUUAGAUGGGUAUGUGAUUCUGACCAGUUUUUAGUUCACCUGAGAAGAAGUUUCAAGUGACCUAUUCUAAUCGCCUUUUGUCCGUCGUUGUGCGUCCGUAAACAAUUUGCAUUUUCAACUUCUCAAAAACCACUGAACCAAAUUCAAUGAAAUUUGGUAGGGAGCUUCUAUGGCUAAAGGUCAACUAAAAUUGUUAAUUAUAUGCAUGGUCCCCAUCCCUAA